UCCCGGGAAAGGUCCCCGAGGUGGAGGGCCAGCAUGCCGGGCAAAACACAGGCAGGCGGUGUGAGGGGAAAAUAGAGGCCCACGGGCGGCAGCCAGGCUUCCCCCUACAAAUAAGCAGUGGGAGGACAGGGACACCGCGGUUCCCACUCAGGGGCAGCUAAGCCUGACAAGCCAGGACCCCACCCGACCUGCCGGCCGGCCGCCAGCCACGCCGAGCCCGGCCAAGCCCCGCCUUGGGGCGCUGCCCGCGGCAGGACGGCGCUGCCCGCCCUUCCGGGCCGUCGGCGGCCAUGGGGGCUGGCGGGCUGUGCGUGAGGGCGGCGCACACGGCGCUCAGCGGGGGCUUGGCGCUGGGGCUCUUCCUGCACCGCACAGAUCUGCAAAAGAAAGAGGAGCGCGGCGAGCUCCUGCAGCCACUGAUCUUCGUCUUACUGGUUUUCUGCUCUGUCCUGUUGUACUUUAAGGUGUCUCUCAUGGAUCCGGGUUUUGUUAAGUCUGAAGAGGAAGCGAAGGCAGGCAAGAGCGAAGAACAAAGCAUGGUGAUACCCCAAGUUCCAAGUAAUAUUAAGAUGCGGCGAUGUGGUUACUGCAUGGUGAAGCAACCAAUGCGAGCCAAGCACUGCCAGCUGUGCCAACACUGUGUACGGCGUUACGACCAUCACUGUCCCUGGAUUGAGAACUGUGUAGGAGAGAAGAAUCAUCCCCUCUUCAUAGCCUACUUGAGCGUGCAGCUUGUAGUUUUGCUGUGGGGAGGUCACAUUGCUUGGUCAGGCCUGUACUUUGAACAGUCCUGGGACUGGCUGCAGCACAACAUUCUCCUCCUCGUGACCUUCCUCCUGAUAGUCAUAUUCACCAUUGUUGUCCUGCUGCUGCUUAUUUCACACCUCUAUCUGAUCUCAUGCAACACCACCACCUGGGAAUUCAUGUCACAUCACCGCAUCUCCUACCUGCGACACUCUGAGUUGGAGAAUCCCUUUGACCAAGGCAUAAUCCUCAAUCUCUGGAGAUUCUUCUGUUCGUGCCACCUCACUGCAUGGGAGACAAUCUAUUUUCACACAAACAAUGAGCCUGUCUAGUCACAGUAGAACCAACCUGGUAAAGUGCCAACACAGCUGCAGGUUGCUGGGUAAAGCUUUGCUAAUGAAAUUGCUGCUGUUUCCUUGCACAGAACUUUAGUACAUCAUGAACUAUGCAGCCUGUUCCACAACCUGUUCAUCCUGCACAUUAUAUUUCAAGGAUAGUCAGGGUUUUUUUUUAUAUAAUAAAAAUAACACUGUUAAAGGGGAGACACUGGUUCUGGGAAGGCCAGCAGGGCUGAUUUCUGGACUGAUCAAAGGUCUCUCUCUAAAUUUACUUCCUUUUAAUAACUGCAUCUACAUCUGCAUGAGUAGUGUGAGCACCCAUGUUCAUGUCUCUUCCCCAAAGUUUCCCUUUCCUUUUGCUGCUAGAAAACAGCAGCUAUUACAGACAAACCCAGUCAGAAUCAAUAUAAUUCCUGUGGCCUUUCUUCAGCAUAGUUCUCACUGUGAGAAGCUCAGUGCCUUUUGUCAGUAGUGUUGGGCACGUAAUAGAAAUAUUUUAGUAAAUAUUUAGACAGUCAAAACCAAAUUUCAUUUUGACCAUAUGACUAAACUUUACGCAUUUCACAAAGAUUUGAGGCUUAAUAGUGUUAACAUGUAUGAGAAACAUCAGUAAGCCACCAAAUUCAGCUUAGGAGUUAAUUAGCCUGUACUUUGUGAUGCCUUGACCAGCUUCCUGACAUUUUUAAGUUGAUGGUGCCGUUAAAAAUUCACAGACUAUUUUGAAUGAAGUCAGCAGAGAAUUAUAACCAUCCACUUUUCUUUGGACAAAGUAAUACUUGCCUAUGGAAUUAUUUCUGCAGAUAACUUCAUGCUCAGGCCUCUCCUGUAGCUUGUGGGGAGAGAAUCAGUAGCAGAGGUGGGUACUUCUUGCCUAGCUCAAGUAACACUGUUGGUAAUACUACUACCUCAACAUACUCUAAAAUUUUAAUAAAAGAAUACAAAGUUUCAAUGCAAGAGGAAAGAUUCCAGGUCCUGUUUGUUUCAUUGCGAUGAGAGGGUGCCGAUAGCUUUCUAGGAUAGCAGCAAGCUUACUUGUUUUUCAUUGUAGUAAAAGGUCAUACUUCAAGUUUCCAUGAGGAACUAAAAGGAAGUUUGGGCUGACCAAUUUUAGCUUUAAAAACAGAAAGGGCUGUGGUGUGAAUUUUAGUCCUGAUGCUAUUCUGUUAAAAAACAAAAAAACAAAAACCACAAAAAACUAAACCAAACCACCAGCACCACAAAAAACCCUUAGUUAAAAUUAUUUUGUCCCUUAAUUGCCUUGGCUCAGGAAUUAACACCAGCUCAAGAGCACAUCUGGCAAGCUGGUGGGAUGUACUCAGGGUUUAAAGUUGAUGAGCACUCAGGAAAAGACAGUGUAGUUACUAAUACAGCAUGACAGUCCAAAAGCAGAAGGAUCCCUUUUGUGACCAUGUCCAGAGUUUGUAAUCUCUGUCCAGUCUGGUUUGUUCAGGGUAGAAACUCCUAUCAGAGGGAUAUCAGAACACUAAGAAUUGUUUUCUUAAUAAUGGUAUACCAUCCAAAAAGGAUUCUGCAGUUUAGAAUCCUAGAAUCAUUUAGUUUGGAAAGGACCUUUAGGAUCAUCAAGUCCAACCGUUAACCCAGCAGUACCAAGUCCCCAACUAAACUAUGUCCCCAAGCACCACAUCUUCAUGUCUUUUAAAUAUCUCCAGGGAUGGUGACCUAACCACUUCCCUGGGCAGCCUGUUCCAAUGCUUGACAACCCUUUUGGUGAAGAAAUUUUCCUAAUAUCCAAUCCAAACCUCCCCUGAUGCAGCUUGAGGGCAUUUCCUCUUGUCCUAUUGCUUGUAACUUGGGAGAAGAGACCAACAUCCAUAUCACUACAGCCUCCCUUCAGGCAGCUGUAGAGAGUGAUAAGGUCUCCCCUCAGCCUCCUGCAGAGCAAAAACCCCCAGCUCCCUCAGCUGCUCCUCAUCAGACUUGUUCUCCAGACCCUUCCCCAGCUUCGUUGCCCUUCCCUGGACACGCUCCAGCACCUCAGUGUCUUUCAUGCUUGUUUGUGGCACUUGCUUAAGUAUGCCCCAUCAGCCACAUAGCAAUUUCUGGUUCUUCAGGUAUCAGUCAAAUAAAAAUUUGUCAGCAUGUACUAAAGCUCAAACCACAGUUUUGCUCUCUUUGGUAAUUAUUUUUUAAAUGCAGCAGGUAAUUUACAGUCUUUUUAUUUUACUAAGAGAAUAAACAUGCCUUAUUUGGUU